AUGUCAUCCGACUGGAAUAAUUCAUUUCCUCAACAGGAAUCAUUUGACAUUCUUAUUGAAUAUAAAUGUUUCCAUUCAACUAUUCUAUUACUUAUCUUUGAUGAACAUUUAACAAAUAAAAUAGUAUUAAAUCAAACGUGUUAUCUUGAUAAACAAUCAACAAUAAUUCAAAAAUCAUUUACGUUAUCGUUUAAUAAUCAAAAUUUAGCUCUUAACACGGUUAUUCGUUGUCAUUUAUCAUUAAUUGAUCGCGUUAAUAAAAUUGUACAUGCAACCGAUUUAGCUUAUGGAACAGUAUUAACAAAAUAUCAAGGUUACAAUUUAUAUGCAGCAAAUGGUGAUCUAUUUUUAAUUCGUGGUGUGAAUAGUCAACAUGCUGAUUACGAUGGAUAUGAUCGAAAUUAUUUGUAUGAUGCAUUACCAUCAAUGAGAGAUAAAAAAUUUAAUAGUGUUCGUAUUUUAUGGCGUAAAGAUUUAUCUCAUUCAGGUUUUAAAAAUCAUUCAUAUUUAGAACGUAUAAUAAAACGUUGUAUUGAAUUAAAAAUGAUUCCUAUUGUUGAAUUACACGAUGUUACAAUGAGUUCAACUAUUAAUGAUUUAUUGAGUAUGACAGAAUUUUGGAUAGAACAUAUAAAAUUGUUAAUUCACUAUAGAAAAUAUAUUAUUGUUAAUAUUUGUAAUGAAUGGGGUUCAUUUUUUACACGAAGUACAAAAUGGUCUUAUGCAUAUCAAUUGAUUAUACAGCAAAUACGUCAAGCUGGCUAUAGUGGUGUUUUAUUAAUCGAUUCACCACGUUCUGGACAAAGUGCAAGAGCAAUACGACGAAAAGGCACAGAUAUCAUUCAGUCUGAUCCUGAACAUAACAUCUUAUUUAGUGUUCAUGUGUAUGUUCAAUGGUGUACAUGGCCAUUAUUCACCUAUAAUAUUCGGUCUCACUUAUUAUCCUAUAGACGUCUAAAUUUACCAUUAAUCAUUGGUGAAUUUGCUGCUUCACAUCCAAUGCCAAAAUUUCUUCAAUGUACAUUGGUUCAAAUUGAUAUUAAAAUUUUAAUGAAAGAAUGUUAUGAUUUACGAAUUGGCUAUAUCGGUUGGUCAUGGAAAGGUAAUGGAAAUGAUGAAUGUGGACAUGUAAUGUCUUAUUUAGAUAUGUCCAAAGACUGGAAUGGAACACAAUUAACACAAUGGGGAAAUUCUUUGAUCUAUAAUGAAUAUGGAAUUAAUCAAACAUCAUCUACAUGUACUAUAUUUAAAAAUUAUUUUUAA